UGGCUGAGGGUGAAGUGUUGACUUCACGAUUUUUCAUCUAAAGCCUCCUGAAAGAUCAAAUCAUUCGUCUUAAUCUUCUACUUUUUUUCAUCAUCAGUAUAAUUCUUUAAUUAUUUAGUAGAUUAUGAAAGCUUAUGUGGCAUACGUUCUCCUGUGCGGAAUGUCAGCUGCACUGACCUCAUUCAACAUCUCUGAGGAAAAGUCAAAUUGCCCCCUGGGGUAUUUCCCUUGUGGAAAUCUCACCGUAUGUCUCCCUCAGCUGCUACAUUGCAAUGGGGAGGAUGACUGUGGGAAUAAGGCAGAUGAGGAAAACUGUGGAGAUAACAAUGGAUGGCCCCAUCUUUUUGACAAAUAUUUUGGAAUCCUCAAUAAUGACUUUGGAACCAAGUCAAACAAGUGUUUGCUUGGAACAGUUCCAGAUAUGUGCCUCUGCAGAGACCUUGAACUUGACUGCGAUGGCGCUCAACUCCAAGCUGUACCCACAGUGUCAACAAAUGUAACUAUGAUGUCAUUGCAAAGAAACAGACUGCAGAAGCUGGAUGCUGACAUGUUCUAUGAUUUCCAGAACCUCCAGAAGUUGUAUCUGCAGCACAACAGGAUUCAAGCUGUGAACCCAAAUGCAUUCCGAGGAUUGUAUAACUUAACAAGACUGUAUUUAAGCUACAAUAGGAUAUCUGUCCUGGAGCCAGGUGUGUUCCGUGAUCUUCACCAACUGGAGUGGCUGAUACUAGAAAACAACAACAUCAACCAAAUAUCCCCAAUGACCUUUUCAGGGUUACGUUCACUUGUCCUUUUGGUACUGCUCAAUAAUUCUCUCAAUCAGCUUGAUGACAUCUGCCUGGAGAUGCCAAGGCUAAACUGGCUGGACAUGGAGGGAAAUCAGAUCACGAGUGUUGGGAAUGUAACAUUUGGCUCUUGCAAGAUGCUCACUGUGCUAGUAUUACAGAGGAACAGAAUCAAUCUCUUACACAGACGUGCUUUCACACCUUUGCAAAAACUUGGAGAGCUAGAUUUGUCCAACAACAACAUUGAAAGGAUUCCACAAGAUUUAUUUAUUGGGCUCUCUGAGCUACUACAGUUGAAUAUUUCACAUAACCCCAUAGUAGAAUUCCAGAUGGACCACUUUGAUAACCUGCAUAAACUAAAAUCUUUAAGCAUAGAGGGAAUUGAGAUUGUGAACAUCCAGAGAAGAAUGUUCGAACCUCUGAAAAACCUGACACACAUAUACUUUAAGAAGUUCCAAUACUGUGGAUAUGCUCCCCACGUGCGUAGCUGCAAGCCCAACACAGAUGGCAUCUCCUCCUUGGAGGACCUGCUGGCCAACAUCGUGCUGCGUGUCUUUGUCUGGGUGGUGUCGGCCACCACCUGCAUCGGAAACAUCUUUGUCAUCGGAAUGAGGUCAUACAUCAGAUCCGAGAACAAACUGCACGCCAUGUGCAUCAUAUCUCUUUGCUGCGCUGAUGGUUUAAUGGGCGUGUACCUUUUUGUGAUUGGCGCAUUUGACCUGAAGUUCCGGGGCGAGUACAACCACCACGCCCAGGCUUGGAUGGACAGCUCCGAGUGCCAGGUGGUGGGCUCCCUGGCCAUGCUUUCCACAGAAGUGUCCGUCCUGCUGCUCACCUACCUCACCCUGGAGAAAUACGUCUGCAUCGUGUACCCGUUCCGGUACGUCUCUCCCAGGAGGGGGCGCACCGUGAGCGUCCUCAUCAGCAUCUGGGUCCUGGGGUUCAUCAUCGCCUUCAUCCCGCUGGUCGGCAAGGGCAUCUUCAGGAACUUCUAUGGGACCAACGGAGUGUGCUUCCCCUUGCAUUCUGAGCAGCCAGAGACCCCAGGGGCCCAAAUCUACUCCAUCAUCAUUUUCCUUGGUUUGAACUUGAUAGCAUUCCUGAUAAUUCUGAUAUCUUAUGGAAGUAUGUUCUACAACAUACAAAGAACUGGGACCCGGGCCACAGAAUACAGAAAUCACAUCAAGAAGGAGGUGACCAUCGCCAAGCGCUUUUUCUCCAUCGUUAUCACUGACUCUCUCUGCUGGAUACCCAUCUUUAUCCUCAAGAUUUUAUCUUUAGCACAGGUGGAAAUACCAGGCACAAUCAGUUCCUGGGUGGUGAUAUUCAUCCUGCCAAUCAACAGCGCCCUCAACCCCAUCCUCUACACUCUAACGACACGCCCAUUCAAGGAGACCAUUCUCCAAGUGUGGGAAAACUACAGAGAGAGAAGGACCAUCUCCAGCAUUCAGAACUCUGCGUGCACGCCAUCCUUCACUUGGCUGGAGAUGUGGCCACUUCAGGACACUGCAAAUCCUCUGUCAUUGGCAGAAUAUUCAACACUCCCCAUUGAAACGUUGGGAAAGUCCAACCUGCUGCCGCUGAAAUGCACGGCCAAUCAGUCUGAAUAACCCAUAUCAUGUGCACAUGCAAUGUGUUUGCUGAUUGCAUUUUGGUCAUUAUUCUGAAUGGGGAAAGCAAAACAAAUACAAUUUUAGAAAGUUUGAUGUUAUGGGAUAGGAUGGGAAAGCAUGGAUACAUUUUAUGAAGGUCCCUAAUGUGAGAUAUUGACCUUGACAAUGCCAGUCAUUUUCUGGAUGACUGAAGUGAUCCAAUGCAUACUCUUGAAACAAACUAUACAGUUGACCUGAACUCCAUUUAAUUGUGCCAUGUUUCACUUAGUUCCCGUGAUGUCACAUGAUGUAUAACGUGAUUCAUAUUUUAUUUCCAAUAAUGACCAUAAGAUACUGUGGCAAUGAGUGUCUAUUUAAGUGCAAUGGCUCUUGAUCACAUAAUUAAAAUGUAAUUUUUAUAGUUUAAGGAUUUUAACAAUAAUAACAAAAUGAAUGAAUCAAAAAAAAUGUUACAGUAACUUUUAUCUUAACCACUUAACAACAGUGGAUUAAAACUAAACUAAAAGUUGGUAAGCUUAGCAUCCACGUUUGAAACAUUUGUAAGGUAAGAGAUGUUCACUAAAGGGUGCAGAACAAGUUUACUGAUAGUAUGAUGUAUUCUGGGCAGGACUACGCUGCUAUACCUUACUGCCUAGCGUAAUGACCUAUAUGUUUUGUAUCAAAAACCAAGCCUUUCAGGCAGGUGAGUUUUUCUGCGUUCCUUAGAGUGAGGAAUCAUUGUACUUUUCCAAGGUUUCACAAGUGUAAAAAGGUAACUCUGGAGAUUAUUAUUAUUAUUAUUUUUACUACAGUAUGUCACACACAGUUCAUGUAGUCAUGCUGAUAGAAAUGUCAAACAUUUUUCAGGAAAAAUGCAAUGCACGUACAGUACAUAAAAUGAUAUGUAUGAUGCAUAGAAACAUCAUAACUAACUAUAAUGGCUUUUGAAUGUUAUAUGUAGUAGUUACUGUAUGUCAUACUCAUUAAGUUAUCCACUGUAUCAUGAAGGUUCUACACAGGGUGCUGUUUGUGUAAAUUGUGACAGCAAU